GCUUCUCGAGCUCGUCAACAAACAACAAGACUUUCUGCUUCGGAGGCCGACAUUGUUCUGGUCAUUGGUUAGCAGAGGUGAUGUGAAGUGAACGAUUACGCAGCCUGUUCCUGAUCAUCGAGAGCGUAUUUCUACUUUAUGCAACAAGAAAUUCUCCAAUAUGAGUUAUCCUGAUAAGAACGAGGGCGUAUCAAAAGAAGAAUGGGUUUCUCGCCUGGAGAACGCUCACAUUCAACGAGCGGAUAUGAACAAACUCAUUAUGAACUAUCUUGUCACAGAAGGUUUUAAAGAAGCUGCAGAGAAGUUUCAACAAGAAUCUGGCAUUGGACCAUGUAUGGACUUGGAUUCCAUGGAUGACCGCAUUCGUAUUCGAGAUGCUAUUCAGAAUGGUCGUAUACAAGAGGCAACAUCUCUAGUAAAUCAGCUGCAUCCUGAAUUACUUGACAAUGAUAGAUACCUCUACUUUCAUUUGCAGCAACUACACCUGAUAGAGCUGAUUCGCUCUGGCCAAGUUGAAGAAGCUUUGAGCUUUGCUCAAAAUCAUCUUUCAGAGGCCGGUGAAUCAGAUCCUGCAGUUUUGAAUGAGCUGGAGCGCACACUGGCUCUGCUUGCUUUUGAUGAGCCAACUCAAAGCCCAUUUAGUGACCUCCUGCUUCCUACUCAUCGUCAAAAGGUUGCCAGUGAACUGAAUGCUGCCAUUCUAAAAACUGAGCACCUUGAAUCCACCAGCCCACGGUUGUCAAAUCUUCUGAAACUCAUCUUAUGGGCUCAGGAUGAGUUAGAUAAGCGUAAGGUCAAAUACCCAGCAAUGACUAACAUAGGAAAUGCAUUAAUAGAGGGGCCUAAAUGAUCCAAGCAUCGACGCACCAAAAAGCGGAAGAAGAAAAAGAAUCGUGCACAUCAUUGAUACAUCCUGUAUAAAGUGGUGUUUGACAAUGAUUUAAAAACAUUCCUGCUAUUUGAUGCAAGUUUUAAUUCCAAUUGGAGAGUUAACGACCAUGUGAAAGUUGCUUUCAUUAUGCUAGUGAAAACGGAUUCUGUGCAUAAAGUCUUCAUUAUUUUAACUUUUUCUUGUUUUUUGUUUUAACUACUUUGAUACAUGAUAGGUGCAAACCAGAUCCAAGAUAUUACUAUCAGCAUGCUAAAGGCAAACCAAACGGCAGCAUCAAUUUUGUUGCUAGAUGGCUUUCAAUAUUGUAUUGCAUACUCCUGUGAUUUGUAUCUUGACUAAUGGCAAAGUUUUAUGGAGAAGAGUUAAAUUCAACUGUUCAGAGGAUACAGAGCUUUUCCAUGUCGAUUAUGUACAUGUUCUUCUUUUACAUAGCAACUUGAAUAGAUUCUUUAAUGUUGUGUGGUGUGUGGUGAUCAUACCCAAGGAAUACAUUGGUCUAUUUUCAUUCAGCUUAUUAUUUAUUUUAUUCCUGUUAAAUUUCUUCUUGAAUUUCAAAUACUGUAGUUUUUAAGUUGUGUAGGGGAUAGAGUGUCCUGUUUGUGAAGGUAAUUCUAAGGGUUUCAUUGGGAACUGACUGUAGACAUUAGUCUAUGUAUGUCAUUAAAGACUAGUGCGUGCGUUGUGUACUUAUUUAAUUGAGUUGGCUGCUAACAAUUAAAGUACACAUUGCUUCUUAGACAAAUACCUGACCAAAAUUAUUUCAAGAAUUUGCAAGUUAAUUCAUUUCUAUGAAUUAAAUAUUUAUGGAAAAAUAUGAAAUUCACAAUGAUCCAUCUUCUGGUUUAAUAUUGUACCUAUUGCAAUUUCAUUAAUUACAGUACAGUUCUUGAUUCACAAUAGGAUAGUGCCUCCCCAUGGUUAACGCUGGAAGGGAUAAGCAUAAUAUUUUGUAUCAUAUUUCUUGAUUUGAGGAGCCUUUUGAAAUAAAUUUGUUAUUUACUAUUUUA